CCCCUGCCCUAGCUGCCAACCUCUCUCUCGAUCUCUCGAGUCGCGACCUCUCUGCCGCCGCUCGCUGCCCCCGCCGCCGCCAGAGGUAGCUCCCCCACCGUCCUCCCUCCCUUCCUCCUCCUCCGCCCGCCCUUCUCUCCCCUCCCUGCCUUCUCCUUCCUCCCGGCGGCCGGGGAUGGGCGCGGACGAGGAGGGGCAGCCCCCGGCGCGGAAGCGCGAGCGCGAGGAGGAGCCCGCGGCCGCCGACGAGGGGGGCGCCGCCGCCGCCGCCGAGAAGCGCCCGCGCGCGGCGGACGAGUCGGAGGGCGCCUCGCUGCUGGGGCUCGCCAACUACACGGACGAGGAGGAGGAGGAGCGCGGGGCCCCGAGGGGGCACGCCAACGGCCGGCCCCACGAGGAGGAGGAGGAGGAGGAGGAGGAAGACGAGGACGAGGAGGACGAGAGGAGGGCUCCGGAGAGGCGGCCCAGGCAGGUGGAGCUGCGCCGGGACUGCCCGUACCUCGACACCGUCAACCGACAGGUCCUUGAUUUUGACUUUGAGAAGUUCUGCUCAAUCUCCUUAUCGAAUUUGAAUGUGUAUGCGUGCCUAGUUUGUGGAAAGUAUUACCAAGGAAGAGGCUUGAAAUCGCAUGCGUAUACCCACAGUCUUGAGGCAGGCCACCAUGUCUUCAUUAACCUUCAGACCGAGAAAGUUUACUGUCUUCCUGAUGGAUAUGAGAUAAAUGAUCCAUCACUAGAAGAUAUUCGACAUGUUCUCAAUCCAAGGUUUGCAAGAGAGCAGGUUAAAAUUCUUGACAAGAACAAGCAAUGGUCAAGAGCUCUGGAUGGCUCCAAUUAUUUACCUGGAAUGGUUGGUCUUAACAACAUUAAGGAGACUGACUUUGUGAAUGUCACAAUACAAUCACUGAUGAGGAUUACUCCUUUGAGAAAUUUCUUUCUCAUACCUGAAAAUUAUCAGCAUAGCAAAUCCCCACUGGUUCAUCGGUUUGGAGAACUAACUCGCAAGAUCUGGCAUGCUAGGAACUUCAAGGGCCAAGUUAGUCCACAUGAGUUCCUUCAAGCAGUUAUGAAGGCUAGUGAGAAGAAGUUUCAAAUUGGUGUACAAUCUGAUCCAGUGGAAUUUAUGUCAUGGCUCUUGAACACGCUGCAUGCGAAACUAAGAAGUUCAAAGAAGAAAAAUAGAAGCAUCAUAUAUGAUUGCUUUCAGGGAGAACUUGAAGUUGUCAAGGAAAUUCACAGGAAGCAUUUACUGGACGAUGAGCAGAAUGGCGAGGCAGGUUCACAGGUUGAAACAACAAGUGACGGUAUGGUCACUCAAACGUCUCGGGUCCCAUUCUUGAUGCUCGGUCUUGACUUGCCACCACCACCUCUUUUCAAAGAUGCCAUGGAGAAAAAUAUUAUUCCACAGGUACCACUGUUCAAUAUACUGAAGAAGUUCGAUGGUGAGACAGUUACAGAGGUGGUACGGCCAUCUAUUGCCCGGAUGAGGUACCGAGUCAUCAGACUUCCAAAGUAUAUGAUCCUUCACAUGCGACGGUUCACCAAAAACAACUUCUUUGUGGAGAAAAACCCCACUCUAGUGAACUUUCCCGUGAAGAACUUGGAACUGAAGGACUACAUCCCAUUGCCCAAGCCAAAAGAGAGUGAGAAGCUGCGCUCAAAGUACGAUCUCAUAGCCAACAUCGUCCACGACGGCAAACCGGGCGAAGGAUGCUACAGAGUGUUUGUACAGCGGAAAUCAGAAGAGGCGUGGUACGAGAUGCAGGAUCUCCAUGUCACCGAGACCCUUCCGCAGAUGGUCGCUCUCUCUGAAGCCUACAUGCAGAUAUACGAGCAGCAUGAGUGAGCGAUGGGGAUCAUCGUGUAGCCUUCAGUGCCCCUGUUUUUUUGGCGCUUGACACAGAUGAUGGUUUUUUACAAGCUAAUUUAUGUCUGAAGCAAAUUUUUGAGGGCUCGAGUGUUGUAUGUCCGAAUUUAAUUCCUUGAGAAGUAGAAGAAUCUGAGGAACUCCGCUUCACUGUUAGUUUCUUGACGCCGCCAUGGAGAGAUUCCAGGAGCCAGCAGCUGUAAGAUGUAAAAAACGUACCCGCACUUUUCGAGAGCUCGUUGAAUCUGUUAUGAAUCUGUAUGUUGCUACCAA